CUGCGGCCGCCGCCCUCAUGCUCUGCCCCGCCGGCCCCGGCCGCCUGCCAGGCCGUGUCCCAUUCCGGGCUCCGUCUCUCCUCCCGGGCUCCAUAUCCCCCCUUCCCGGUCCAUGCCUCACUGUGGGGUCCGUGUCCCAUUCCCGGUCCGUGUCCUGUUGCGGGCUCGGUGUCUCCUCCCGCCGCCCAGGGGAGGAGCGGAGCGGGCAGAGUGGCCGCUGUCUCCCGUCCAGCCCCUCCCCGGCAGGUGCGGCGCAGGUGCGGCCCCGCGCGGCUCCGUUCCCGUUCCCGUUGCCGCAGCCCGGCCAUGGCGUACCGGGAGCUGGUGCGGCGCUGGCACGAGGCCGUGCGGGCGGCGGACCGCGGGCACUGGGACGCUGCCCUGGACGCGUUCGGCGGCAUCGAGGAGCCUCCGGCCAGGAUCUGCUUCAACGUGGGCUGCGUGCAGCUGCUGGCCGGGCGGCCCGAGGCGGCCCUGCGGGCAUUCAAUAAAACCAUUGAGAAGGACAAUUCCCUGGCUGUGGGCUACUUCCAGAGAGGAUAUGUCCACCUGCAGCUGGAAAUGUAUGAAGAAGCUCUCUCUGACUAUCACCUGGCCUUCAGUCACCUAAGAGAAAAUCCCUUCAUUGAUUACAAGCAGCUGGGGCUGAGGCACAUCCUCUAUGCCUGGGAGGUGCUGUACAGCACUGCAGCAGUGCAGUGCCACCUGCAGCAGUGGCAGGAGGCCAGGGUCACCCUGGAGAAGGCUGUUGUGUGGAGACCUGAAAGAAGAACAGCAAUCCUGGAGCUGGCCCUUGAGCGGGUGCAGGACCACCUGUGUUUAGAGCCCAUGCUGGUUCCUCUUGAGGAACUUUUCAGACCACGAAAGAAGGAAGUUGAGCAGCUGGAUUCAAAAGAUUUCCUGGGUAAACCCAAGGUCAUCUCAUCCAUCAUUCCCAACGAUGAGUACAUUGGCUUUGAGCCUCUCAGGCCUCAGAAACAGGGCUUUUAUGAACCCAGUGCCAAUGCUCUGCGGGAGGCCGAGUCCGGCUACCACCGAGUGCUGGCCCGGUACCGCCCCGAGGAGCCGCCGGGGCAGGAGGUGGCGGCCGGGAGCCUGGUGUUCGUGCUGGGCAGAGCGGCAGACGGCUGGGCCACGGCCAUCCACGACGGGCAGAAGCUGCACAUCCCGAGCUCUCUCCUGGAGCCUGCCUCAAGGAUGGAUAAAUGGAAGAUCAGCACUGGGAUUCCCCUUCCUCCUGCCCAGGUGCCUCCCAGCCGCCUCCCCAUGAAGCAGAAGCCAGAUCCUCCUGGGGAAGAAAAUGCCUCUGUCAAUGAUGCCAGUGCCCACAUGGACUCUAAGGUGCCGCCGAGGCGCGGGGACGCCCCCGCGGGCGCAGACAGGCCGGCGGUGCUGCGGCUGCGCUGCGAGUGCUCGCUGGUGCUGCGGGCGGGCGAGGCCCCGGCCCUGCCGGCCCUGCGGGCCCUGCUGCGGGACAGGCUGGCUCAGCAGGCACAGCGGGGCGCGCUCAGCUACAGGCUCCUGGAUGGCACAGAGCUGGGGACAGUGUUGGGACAGGAAGACCUGGGGAAGGUGUGGCAGCAGCUGAUGGAGGGCAAGCUGAUACUCUGUUGCCAGGACUCAGACUCCCACUCGGGCAGACCUGUUCUCUACCAGAUGCUGGCUCAGCACUCUUACCUGCCACAGGGACCAGGGGACCUGGAGUUCAGCAAGGGAGAUGUGCUGGAUAUCCUCUCUGAAGUGAACGAGGACUGGCUGGAAGGACGAUGCAAUGGCAAGACUGGCAUCUUCCCCAAAUGCUUUGCCACCCAGACCAGCUGUGAUGUUGCCUUCCUAUAGCAAACAGGAGCCUUUUCCUGCAUGGCUGCACCCCCAGGGGUGGGAGACACUCGUCCCAGCUCAUUUGGGCCCCAGCCAGCACAGCCAGGAGCUCUCCUGUACCUGGACAGGGGAUAUCUCCCACUCAGAUCCAUGGGGUCAGUUCCAGCAGUGAUGGCAUUUCCCACAGCCUGUUCCCUGACCUGGCAUUUUUUACUUGGUGCUUACACUGCCAAAGAUGUACCUGUGAAGAGCAGAGAGCAGGGAGAGGGCUCUGGAGUUUGGCUGUGGGAAUUGUCCAUGUGGGAGCUCAGGCUGCUGGGUGGAAAGAGGUUCCCCUGGGUGGGAGGAGAUUCCCCUGCGUGGGAGGAGGUUCCUCUGGGUGAGAGUCUUCAUCCCUCUCCCUGCUGCUCGUGUUGAGGCUGGGAAGCUGAGCCUCACUCCUGAAGCCAAGGGUGGCUGGCUGGGAACAGAGGGCAGAGCCCUGUUCUCCAGGCUCUCGGGUCAUAUAACCUUAUCUCCACCAGCCACAGAUGCUGCUCUUUCAAAAGGCUUUUGGAACCAGUUUGCAGAGGGUUUAAUGGGAUAACACCAUGAGUUAGAACCCUGUCUUCCAUAGCACACGGCUGUGGACCUGACCAUUCCUUCACCAGGUGCUGAGGCACUUUUCUUAAGCCCUAAGGCCUAGGUGAGAUCUUGGAGCACAGAGGAAAUAGGCACUUGUGGAAAUCUCCACUGCUCAGAGCAGCUCUGGGUUGUGGGAGAGCCCUGGAGAAAGGGCUGGCUGGGAAGUGCUGGGCUGGUGCUGCAAAGGUGAAAGCCCUGUCCAAUUCCUGCAACUGGGCUGGACUAAUCUAAAUAAAACACUCAAGUGCCUGGAGCUGGAACCUGUCCUGGAUUUGGUGUCUUGACAAAACUUGGCUAUGUAACUUGAAUAUAAAAUAAACCCUGAGCCAGAGUUGGCAACU